AUGCAUCGGAUGGCCACGGUGCUGUGUGCGAUUGUAGCGGGGAUGGCGCUGUGGGGGGGUGGAGUACGGGCGGACCCCCCGCCGUUCUGCAACGGGCUGGACUGCCCGGCGUUCUCCAACGUGUCGGCGGGCGAUGGCGUGGAGCUGAGGAGCUACGACCCAGCAUUUUGGGUUCACACAAAUGUCAAUGAGAGCGAUGUCAACAAGGCGAAAGGCAAGGGAUUGACGCGACUUGACAGAUACUUCUUCGGCUACAACGACGGAGACCAUUACAUUCCCGCAACCGCGCCCAUCGUCACCGAGAUGAAGACUAAUGCAACAUCAUAUGAGUUUUUUUACUUCAUUCCGUUCGAGUACCAGGAGUCGCCGCCUGUGCCCUCGAGCCCCGAUGUGUUCGUGGACGACCUCCCGGCCGCCAACUUUUACGUGUCGACCUUUGGCGGUUAUGCGGAGCCGGAGCUGGUGGCGCUUGAGGCCCAAACGCUGUUGUCGAAACUCAAGGCCACGGGCGCCACUGUGGACGAGUGCAGGUAUUACGUCGCGGAGUACGACUCGCCAUUCCAGACGACCGACCGGCACAACGAGAUCUGGUACCGAGACGUGGCUGCGCCGGCGCCCGCCCCCCAGCCGUCACCCGCACCCGGAACAGCAACGGCGGCAACCGUCGUCACCGUAGUUUAA